GACUCUCCAUACUCGGGAAGUAUAUUUUUUUUGAUAUUGAAUUUUCCAAUAGAAUAUCCGUUAAAACCACCAAAGAUCUACUAUCCGAAUAUCAGCACCUAUAAACCUGGAUUUCUAGAUUGUUAUCGAUGGUCACCUGCGUAUUUUAAUCUAAAAGUACUCUUGUCAAUUUGUUUAUUAUUGACUGACCAAGACCCAGACGAACCAUUUGAAUUUAAAAUUGCUCAUAUGUAUGAGAAUGACCGUAAUCGUUAUGAAGCUACUGCACGGGAAUUGACUCGCAAAUAUGCUAAUGAGUAUAAUUAA